AUGGCGCUUGAAGGUGCAUCCAUCAGGUUCUGUGCCACAACUACUUGUUCUGAUCUGGGGCGGUCUAGGAAUUCUGGGCUUGCUUUUAAUCUGAGGUUUCGUUUGGAAAAGUUUCGCAAAUGGGAAUUUUGUUGUCUUGGUGUUUUUGCUAAGAGAGAUACCUCUUCUGUGGAAGAUCACAAAUCGUACGUGCCUGGGAUUGAGCCUUCUAGGACCGUUGAGCAGACUCAGGGUAAUGAGUCCAGGGGGAAUCACAAGGCGUUGAACCUUCUUCCUAUUAAAGGACAUUUGUUUGUUCCACUGGAAGAAAACGGAGUACCAGGAGCAUAUAGUGAGGCUGCCGCUAUGAAGGCAUUUCCCAAAUGUGAGAUUGUCCCAUGUAAAACGUUUGAAGAAACACUUAAGGCUGUUGAAAUGUUGUUAGUGGAUAAAGCAGUUCUUCCCAUCGAGAAUUCUAUUGGUGGAAGCAUUUACGGUCUCUACGACUUGCUCAUUUCCAAUGGGCUAAACAUAGUCGGGGAGGUGAAAUUGCAAAUUAACCAUUGCCUUCUAGGACUGCCCGGCGUAACAAUGGAGGGGAUAGUAAGUGUUAAGAGCCAUCCUCAGGCUCUUGCUCAAUGUGAUAUGACGCUAAGCAAGCUUGGUGUUGUCAGAAUUAUUGCUGAUAAUACUGCCAUUGCUGCUCAGAAGGUGGCUUCAACUGGGCUAAGAGAUACUGGAGCUGUUGCAAGUGCUAGAGCGGCAAAAAUAUAUGGGCUUGACAUACUCGCUGAAAAGAUCCAGGAUGUUGACAAUAAUAUUACUCGUUUUCUGAUACUCUCAAAAGAACCUAUAAUUCCAGGAAUUUAUGACAGGCCCUAUAAGACGAGCAUUAUUUUUAUUCUGAAAGAAGGUCCUGGUGUGCUAUUCAAAGCUUUGGCAGUGUUUGCUCUCGGAAACUUUAAUUUAACAAAGAUUGACAGACAUCCACAUAAUCAGCAUCAUUUGAUGGUUGAUGGUUCUAAUGAAGGAAGCAUCAAGUACAUGGAGAGAAUGUUUUACUUGGACUUUGAAGCUUCAAUGGCAGAGCCUCGUGCCCAACAGGCGCUACUACAUCUGCAGGAAUUCACAAGAUUUGUACGUGUCCUUGGUAGUUACCCAGUGGGCACAGUACAGAAGGCUCUCUUUGGAAGUUACUAG